UUCCACUUCCCGACAUCAUGCCUCGCAGUGUCUACAAACGUCAUAUGAGCACCACAGACAUCAGCUACCCCUACCCAGCCCGGCCUCGGCAAAGUGUCUGUAUCUCCUCUGACCUCCCACGGUACCGCCGCUCUUCCCUAAAAGAUCAGGGAUUUGUCAAUGGACGCUGGUACCCCCGCCAUGCCGUAAGCGUUCCCGACAUCACUCGUGGACCUCGCUACAUCAACAUGCCGCCGCGCAGGCUCUUUUCUGCCCCAGCAACAGGGCCUGACAGGACACCAAAACAACGGUGCAAGCUAAUAGAAGCCGAGCUUCACCAAGGCAAGGCCGCCACGAGGAAGGAACGUCAAAGAUACGUGGCAAAGGACGGCAAGUGUCAAGUCAACUUGGGACGCAUCCAGGAGAAGGCGCGCUUCCUGUCGGACAUCUUCACCACCAUCGUUGAUCUCAAAUACCGCUGGUUCCUCUUCCUCUUCAUGAUGUGCUAUAUCGUGACGUGGCUGAUCUUUGCCACCAUCUACUACCUAGAUGCCUUUUGGCGGCACGAUUUGCUCCACUUCGAAAACGACGACUGGAACCCGUGCUUUCAGAACGUCAACAACUUUCUAUCGGCUCUGCUUUUCUCCGUGGAGACCCAACGUACCAUCGGAUACGGAUCCCGCAUGGUGACGGCCAACUGCCAAGAAGGGGUCUACCUGAUCAUGGCCCAGUCCAUUGUGGGCUCCAUGAUUGACGCUCUCAUGGUGGGCUGCAUGUUCGUCAAAAUUUCCCGCCCUAAGAAGAGAGCCCAGACGCUGAUCUUCAGCCGGAACUGCGUAGUGUGCCCGCGGGAUGAGCGCCUAGGCUUGAUGUUCCGCAUCGGCGACCUGCGAGACAGCCACAUGGUGGACGCCAAAAUCAGAGCAAAGCUCAUUAAGUCGCGCCAGACGUACGAAGGGGAGUUCCUUCCCCUGGAACAGUCAGAAAUAAACCUCGGCUAUGAGACCGGGGAAGACCGAUUAUUCCUGGUGGAGCCGCAAGUCAUCUGUCACGUGAUUGAUGCAAACAGCCCUUUUUACGAGAUGGGACCACAGGAACUCCUGCGAGAGCAGUUUGAGAUCAUCGUCAUUCUGGAAGGAAUUGUAGAAGCCACCGGGAUGACCUGCCAGGCCAAGAGCUCUUACUUGGAAAACGAAAUCAUCUGGGGUCACCGUUUCGAGCCCUGCAUGACCCUGGAGAAAGGCGCCUUCCGUGUGGACUACAAACGCUUCCACAAGACCUUCGAGGUCCAGCUGCCGCACUGUAGCGCCAAGGAGAUGGAGGAGAUGCGGGAUCUGGAGGGCUCGGAGUUCAGCUUCUACUGGGAGAAUGAAGACUUCCUCACUGGGCGCCGUCACACCAUGACGGACAGGGGGGAUGAGGAGGAGGAUGAAGAGGAGGAGGAAACACGUACACAAGGAGAAGGUUUUUCCGACCGCAGCAGGCGGCUGAUUGGAAACAUCGCAGAAGAACGCAGCUUGGACUUCAACGGCAGCGAUUAUAACCUCUGAGCAUGAUGGACAAAUGUGGACUUAGUAUGGUGGAGGAUAUAGC